AUGGAAGACACAAACUUUACGGCAGAAGAAGUCCAAAGACUCUACAAGAGGUUUAUGAAAUUGGAUAAAGAUAAAAGUGGGACCAUCGAAAAAGAAGAAUUUCUUGCCAUUCCACAGAUCGCCAAUAAUCCAUUGGCAUCUAGAAUGAUUGCGAUAUUUGAUGAGGAUGGUGGUGGAGAUGUUGAUUUUAAAGAAUUUCUUUCAGGGUUAAGUGCUUUUAGUGAUAAAGGAAAUCCAGUUGAAAAAUUACGAUUCGCAUUUAAGGUUUACGAUAUGGAUCGAGAUGGAUUCAUUUCAAAUGGAGAAUUAUUUCUGGUCUUAAAAAUGAUGGUUGGAAAUAAUUUAAAAGACAACCAACUCCAACAAAUCGUUGAUAAAACAAUUAUGGAAGCUGAUAAAGACAUGGAUGGAAAAAUUUCGUUCGAAGAAUUUUGUUCAAUAGUAGAAUCAACUGAUAUUUCAAAAAGUUUAACAUCUUCUAUAUAA